AUGGCUUUGUCCCUUGCUGGCAAAGUUUUCGUUAUCACUGGGAGUGCUUCCGGAAUGGGCUUGGCCACAGCAACUACAUUGCUAUCCCAUGGCGCAUUCUUGGGACUGUGUGAUAUGAACCAGGAUGGUCUGUCGAAGCUCGUCCAUGAGCUUGAUGAGGAACAACAGGGCAGGGUGAUUCCGCAUGUAGUCGAUAUCACGAAUCGUUCAGCUGUUGCAUCAUUUCUGCAGUUAACGAAAGGGAAAUUUGGCAAGGUUGAUGGACUUGCGAAUUUUGCUGGGACCGCCGGUCACAAACUGGGACAUCAAGAGAUUUGGGAGAUUGAUGAGAAGGAGUACGACUUCAUCAUGGACGUUAAUGUGAAAGGUGUUUUCAACCUCCUCAGCGAGGCACUCAAACCAGGGUUUUUGCAAGAGCCAGGAAGCAUCGUCCACGCAGCCAGCAUGUUCUCCGAGAGGGGUUUCCCAAAGGGCUCGGUUUAUAGUACCAGCAAACAUGCGGGGGUUGGCAUGGUCAAGAGUGCUGCGAUCGAAGCUGGAAAACGGGGGAUCCGAGUCAAUAUUGUGAUGCCUGGCCCCAUUGAUACUCCCAUGCUUCGCGCAAAUGAGGAAAGUGGUGCCGAAGGCACAGCUCCAGCGGUGCCGCUAGAGCGACUGGGCGAGCCAUGCGAGGUUGCAAAUGUCGUCGCGUUUCUUUUGAGCAACGAGGCUGGAUUUGUCACGGGGGCGACUUGGUCCGUCGAUGGAGGAGCGAAUGCUUGA